AUGACAGAAGCUAUGAACUCAACGUCCGAUGGUGAUGAGAAAAAUUGUGAACAAUCUAACAAAAGUAACCUCAGCUCAAUUAACACUGAAUUACUUAAUACCUCUCAUGACAAUAGUCUUGCUCGGCAUAAUAACGACGGACAAUGCAAUGCCGAUGAUUUGAAUAAUAAUCAAACUGACCUUGCAAAUGAUGAUGCUGUGUUUUCCUCAAAACAGCAGAAUGAAAAUAAUACACACAAAGGCAUAAAUUCGAACUUGCAAUCCGAAUCGCAGCAGUCAACCAACAUAGAAGGGAAUAAACUUAGAUAUGAUCUGUCCCCAAAAACCUCUCAUGACAAUAGCCUUAUUCGACAUAAUGACAACAGCCAAUGCAAUGCCGACGAUUUGAAGAAUAAUCACAUUGACCGUACAAAUGAUGAUGCCGUGCUCUUCCCAAAACAGCAGAAUAAAAAUAAUAAACACAAAGGCUUAAAUUCGAACUUGAAAUCGGUAUCGCAGCAGUCAAUUAACAGCGAAAGGGAAAAACCCAAAUACAAUCCGUCUCUAAAAACCUCUGUCCCGUGCCCUUUUCUCAUACGCCGUGGUAGAUGUUUUAAAGGCGACCGAUGCGACUUUAAACACCCAAAACCAUCUGAAACACGGAAGUGCAAUAUACCAUGUCCUUUUCUGCAUAAAAGAGGGUACUGUCUGAAGAAAGAGAUGUGUGAUUUUUCCCACGACAAAUUGAUACGUAACUCAUCCCCCAUGCCCUAUCCAGGCAAUUAUGCUUCUCCUGAUUUUUUAUCACACCGAUUCACCAACCCAUUUCCGCCGUACCAGAAUUAUUAUUACCGAGAACCUUGGAGAAAUCUCCGCCCAUUGAAUCCUUUAAUGGAAAUUCCAACCCCUAUAUGGUCACAAUAUCCAAAUCCCUAUUCUCCAGCCAUACAGCCCCCAAUGAGUUACCCAAAUCAGUACCCUUCACCCCUGAUGACGAAUUACACAAGACCGCCCAGGCGUUGA